GGUCCGAACAGGGUGGACAGUAAACAUUACAACGGUUAUAACUGUAACUGUCUAAUUAUCCUCAAAACAUGUACUCGACUGUGUCGGAAAUACAGGGUAGUUACAAAAUGUCCUUUUUCAACUUUCAGGUCGGUUCACGUGCCGUGCUGACAGGAAAUUCAUUGCCAAAGAGACGAAAACGAAGUAAACGUUGAACUAAUGGAGAACGAAGAUGGCGAAAAGGACACGGAGUCUGAAGAAGCCGAGCUCCGUUUGAAAGCAGAGACGUUGAAGCAGGAGCUCCAGGAGUGCAGAGCCGAGCUGGCCAAGUUACAGAAACAGCUGAACCAGUCCGAAAGACUGCGGAGGAGCACAGAGAGCUACAAUGAGGACCUGAGGAAACAGGUUGACCAGCUGAGCGCAGAGAUUCAUGAACGGAAGAAAAAGGAAAAAGACAGAGUCGACAGUGAAACUCAGACAGAAGAAUACGUAUGGACAGAAACUGAUUAUUACAACUACUACUAUGGAGGCUGCAGUCAGAACCCAGAGGCCGCAGACACUCAGGAAGGCCUGAACGCAGUAGCAGCAGUGGAUGCAGCCGAUGGCAGUGAGGCAGCAGAGGUUUCAACACCAGCAGCAGCUGCCGAUGUGACGGUUCAGCCUGACAGCAGUGUUGCAGCCACAACAGAGGAGGGUGAUGGAGGAUCUAUAGCUGAUAUGUUGAGGGCCACUGCUGAGGAGGCUAUGACACAGACUGGGUUUGUCUUUGAUGAGACUACUGGGAUGUACUAUGACCACAGCACAGGCUUCUACUAUGACUCGGCCAGUCAGUUGUACUAUGAUGCCAACACGGGCAUUUACUACUACUACGAUGCAGACAGUGGACGAUACCAGUUUCAUUCCAGGAUCGAGGUGCCUGCUGCACAAACUGCUGCAGAGCCUUGCCAAGACAAGCUCACUGGUGAAAAGAAGGGCAGAAAGUUUAAGAAAGGGUUCAAGAAAACCUCAAAUCAGGACGAUAAGGAACUCAUAUUUGAUGAGCUAAAGCUGGAAGAAGAAGAAGCUGAAUGGGUGGAACAGCAAACAACUAAGAGGACCAAAGAAUCUCGAAAACUGAAGCGAAGGUCUCGCAGUCCAGAUGUGCCUCCGCGUAGAAAAGACUCUUCAAAACACAGGGAAGAGAGUGAAAGAUCUUCGUCAAAGAGGAAGAAGCAGAAAAACGGCUCACGCUGUGAUGAUAAGGGUAGAUCAGAGAAGAAAAGGAAGAAAUCCAAGUCAAAAAAGCAGAAGAAGAAGAAGAAGAGCCCAACUCGGAGCGAUGACUCGGAGGGGAACAGCGAACCAGAAGAGGGUGAGAUCACAGAGUCGGAGAGAGAGGAGUGGGAGUCCACACCCUCGUUCUCAUCAUCGUCCAGCUCCCCCUCCAAGGGAAGCCCAGAGUCAGAAAUGGAGACUCAGAGUCAGGAAGUCAAAGACAUUUGGCCGCCCUGUGUCAGAGUGACGGUGGUCAGAUCUCCAGUGCUGCAGGUCGGCACUCUGUUCAUCAUCACAGCCGACUCUCCCGCCACCGUUGGCAGAGAGAAAGAUAUGGACCAUGCAAUCCGAAUACCAGAAAUGGGAGUCAGCAAGUUCCACGCAGAGGUGUACUUUGACCAGGAGCAGCAGAGCUACAUGCUUGUGGACCAGGGAAGCCAGAAUGGAACAGUCAUCAAUGGCAACAGGAUCUUACAGCCCAAAACCAAGUGUGAGCCGCAUGCACUGAUGCACGGUGAUGAGGUGAAGAUGGGAGAGACUGUGCUGUCCUUCCACAUCCACUCAGGGACUGAUACCUGUGAUGGCUGUGAGCCUGGACAGGUGAUGGCUCACCUCAGCAAGCACAGGAGGGAGGAGAAGACAGGCCCUGCUCUCACCAAAGAGGAUAAAGAAGCACUGAGACAGAAAGAGCUGAAGCAGAUGAAGGCCAAAUACGGCCUCCAGAGCAGUGAGUUUGAGGAGGCCAAAGCCCUGAAGAACCCCAAAUACAAGGACCGAGCAGAGUCUCGACGACAGACGGUGGGCAGCGAGGGGGUUUUCCAACGAGAUGAUGCACCCGCUUCUGUUCAUCAGGAGAUCAGUGAGGUCAAUAAAGGACGGAAGAUGCUGGAAAAGAUGGGCUGGAAGAAAGGAGAAGGACUGGGCAAAGAGGGAACCGGAAUGAAGAACCCGAUUGAACUAAAAAUCAGAAAGUCACAGUCGGGUUUGGGGGCCGGUGCUGCCAUGUCUCUGGACAGCAUCUCCAUGACCAGAUCAAAGUCCCAGAAGAACUGGGAGAAAGCACGCGAGAGAUUCGCUGAUUCGUGCCAGCCCGAUAUGCUGUCACCAAAAACACAGAAGAGCACGUCAUCCAACGCCUGGGUCAAAGCAGAAGAGGCAGAGACGACAAACACACAAGCGGGGUGUGACACAGACGGACAAAGUCAGGAAUGACUCAGAGAUUUAUUGUGGAUUUAAAACCUGAGAGGUUUGAUGUGUAUGAGCAAAGGGAGUCUCUUUACUUUCUUAGGAAAUGUGAUCUAUUGUCUGUAAAUUACAGUGAUAAUUGUCUUUGCUCAGCCUUCAGCUCGAGAAACAUUGCUGAAGAGGACAGAAUGCGACCACACUCACGUCACUGUUUAUACAACACUAUCAACAGGUUCUCCGGUGCUGCGCAUUAGUAGAAUUUACAAAAGCCGCUAGCUGUGGUCGUCCAGUGUGUUUGCUUCCUCCAUAAGUGAACUGUGUCUAAUGUUUACAGUCCCAAAGACGGCAGUGUGUGUUUCACGGUCCAGUGUGUCUGUAGUCCAACCUGCAGAGGAGGGCAGAUCUGCCACUGUGCCUCCCAGAACAAAGAUGACAUGAAUCGCCUCAAGCAAAUAUUAACACAGUAAAGCUAUAUUUCUCACAAUGAGAUCAUGCUUCGAUGAGGCAACUGUGUAUCUGUUUAGACAACCCUGUAAGUGAUCAUGUUAAACCAGUUACAACUGCUUGGUGUCCCAACUCCUUUUUUUUUAAUGUUGCACAUUAAAUUUCUAAUAU